ACCAACACUGAUAACUAAUAUGCCGCAAGGUCUCAAACUAAGCGAAAUAAAGGCAAAUAUUAGUAAUGUUAUUGAGAAUUUAAAAUUUUUGGAAGCUGCAAGCAAUGCGUCAGCAAACGAUUUCGACUUGGAGCAAUCUGCCCAGUUGGAAAGACACACUACAAAUUUAUUAGCGAAACUGACGGAAAUGCCAUGUGAAAAACUUGCACGGACUCAGCUAAAGCGUAAACAAAGACGCCAAAAGGCUAAACAGAAAGCUAAGUUACAAAUGAAACUCAAUAGGUCUACUCCGAUAUCUGUCAAAGUUGCCAUAUCAUCACCCCCAACGACUUUAACAUGCGAGGCACGUCUGAAAGCUCCUAAGCAAGCUGAACAUAUAACACUCAAGAAACAUCAUGAUGCCUCUAAUAUGCUGCACACAUUGGACUUGCUGGAAAGAUUGUACCGGGCUCGUGGUGGCAAAGGGGAGUUGAGUGAAAAACUCACAAGAAUGCGAACAGUUUGGCGGCGUGUGCAGCAGGAGAGCAUUAAUGUAAUCAAUCAAGAAGUGCCCACCAACUGUGAGGCGCAAUGGUCCAAAACUAUUUUUGGAAGUUCUGCGAUGCCUUCCAGACAAGAAUAUUUGAAGGGACGUAAUACACAGGAAUUUGUGGAGCGGCGAGCCAUUUGGGAUUCGUAUAUAAGUUCCGGCAAAGUCGGCAGCAGCAUACCCCACGGCUGGGUAUUGCCAAGGGAAAUGCCAUCAGCAGAGUGGGCCAAAUAUAAAUGUGAAUAAAACACGUACAGAUAUAAAUAAGUAAA